AUAGAAUAGGAGAAUAAUUAUGUCAUUUGAGAAUAAUCCGAGUGUUGGCUGAAGAUAAGUUUCUUCAGGUUUCAUCUCGAGACAAGCUUAACUUUUUCGAGCUUUGGUACUUUAGUAAAACUCAACAUCUCGAUUUCCAAAGCAAAACAUUAAAAGAAAAAACAUAUGUGUUCCUUACAGUUUUGGUAGAGGAAAAGCGUUGAGCUGGUUUCCACUUUCUUACUCUACAAUUUUUACUCACAUUUCUUCUACUUUUUAUUACUCUAAGCUCAGCUAUAACUACCAAUCACACCCAUAAACACACAUGCAUUUACUUUUACAUUUACACAUCCACGCAUCCUCGCCGCGUGAACAUUUAAUUCAUCUUCAACCGUUAAAAACUUUAUAUUAUAAUUUUCUCGUCCUCCCAUAUUCUUCAAACUAUAUUAUAUAAACCCAUUUUACGUUCUUCAUAUUCCCAAACCAUAUCCCUUUUCGUAAUCUGGUUCUUAAAGAGAGAUGGCGAAAAUGUGUUUUAUGAUGAUGUUGAUUAUGGUAUCUAUAGCCAUUAACAUGGUUGCUAGUGAUCCAAUUGCACCGUGUUACUUCAUAUUUGGCGACUCUUUGGUCGAUAAUGGCAACAAUAAUCAGCUUAACUCACUGGCUAGAGCAAAUUACUUUCCUUACGGUAUUGAUUUCUCUCUCGGUCCAACCGGUCGGUUUAGCAACGGCAAAACUACAGUGGAUGUUAUCACUGAGCUCUUGGGGUUCGACAACUACAUUACACCGUAUGCCGCCGCGAGAGGAGAAGACAUCCUCCGUGGAGUUAACUAUGCUUCUGCUGCUGCCGGAAUCCGAGAAGAAACCGGCAGACAAUUGGGAGGUAGAAUAGCAUUUGCAGGUCAAGUAGCAAAUCACGUGAACACUGUGUCACAAGUAGUGAACAUACUCGGUGAUCAGAACCAAGCCUCGAGUUACCUCAGCAAAUGCAUUUACUCUAUUGGAUUAGGCAGUAACGAUUACCUCAACAACUACUUCAUGCCCACUUUUUACUCUACCGGUAACCAGUUCACGCCUGACUCCUUUGGUGACGAUCUCAUUGCCCGUUACACCGAACAACUCCGGAUAUUGUAUAACAAUGGAGCCAGGAAGUUUGCGUUAAUAGGAGUUGGAGCCAUCGGUUGCAGCCCAAACGAGCUAGCUCAGAACAGUAGAGAUGGAAAAACAUGUGACGAGAGGAUCAACUCCGCGAACAGACUCUUCAACAGCAAGCUCGUAACUAUAGUCGACCACUUUAACCAGAACACACCAGACGCCAAGUUCACUUACAUCAACGCAUACGGCAUCUUCCAAGACAUUGUUACAAACCCUGGUCGCUACGGGUUUAGAGUGACAAAUGCAGGAUGUUGUGGAGUUGGGAGGAACAAUGGUCAGAUAACUUGUCUUCCUGGUCAAGCUCCAUGUUUGAAUAGGAAUGAGUAUGUGUUUUGGGACGCGUUUCAUCCUGGUGAAGCUGCCAAUAUUAUUAUUGGAAGAAGAUCUUUUAGGCGGGAAGCUGCUUCUGAUGCUCAUCCUUAUGAUAUUCAGCAGCUAGCAACUCUCUAAGUAGAGAGUGGGAGAAAGAGAGAAACCUGUUGUUUUGCUUGUAUAAGUGUUUCGGUAGUUCUUAAGUGUUAACUCAGUUUGGACUCAUGAAGAAGAGGUGAUGUCUAAUUUCGUUUGUGUUGUGUUUGAUGUUAUAAGUGUUUAUGUAAUGAUUAUGAGUCACUGUGUUUACCUCUUUUAAAAACUUUUAUGCAUUUGAUUCUUUCA